AGAACCCGAACACGCAGGUGCACACAGCUACGGCCAACUUCACUACUCAAAAUCGAAUCGCCAUGACCGGCUCGCCUCUGGCAAACAAAGUCGAGGAGUACCAUGCCAUGGUUAACUGGAUUGCGCCCGGUUUCCUCUCUGAUCUCAAAUCGUUCAAGCAAGAAUUUGCGAUCCCCAUUCACGAAGGACUCCAGAUUAGCAGCAGUGCGGCUCAGCGACGAAAGAUGUUUGCGAGACUCACUGCGAUCAAGAAGAUGGUCGCCCCAAAAGUUGACCGCAAAACGUUGGGCGUUCUCAAGAACAGCAUUCCUACGAAAACAGAAUUCGUCAUCGUCAUGCCACUGACGGACCUGCAACGCAAAGCGUAUGAGCUGCUGAUCAAGCAUCAGCGAGGUGAUUUGCUUGACAGCUCAACAUCUAACACCACUAUUUUCAAAUGGCUCAACGUCCUUGCGCUGCUGUGCGCGCACCCAAAGUGCUUCAAGCAUUGGCUCCCGGAAGAGGAUGGACAGACGGGCAGUAUCCAGACCAACCAAGAAAGAACUGAUAGCGCUGAAGAGGAUGCGGACGAUGCGACAAUAAAUGUCAACCGCGAUGCGGAGGAUGCGUCAGUAAAUGUCGACUGCAAGCCGGGUCUUGUCUCAAAGGAGCGCACGUUGCUGAAGAGCAUGGAUAGCGGUUCCCAGGACAGCAUUCUAGCCUGGAAGACCGAGAUCUUUCUGUCGAUCGUUAGAGAGAGCCUGGCCUGCGGCGACUCUGUCCUGGUCUUCUCCCGGUCUAUACCUACACUCGACCAUCUGCAGAAUACCUUGAACUUGGAGAGGAUCGGCCACGACCGACUGGACGGAAAAACCAAGAUGCGCCUUAGACAAGAUAUGGUCAAGAAUUUCAACAAGGCCAGAAGUAAGGUCUUCCUGAUCUCCACGACGGCGGGCGGUCUCGGCCUCAACAUCACAGGCGCAAACAGAGUUAUCAUAUUCGACUUCAAGUUCAAUCCGCAAGAAGAGCAGCAGGCGAUCGGCCGCUCGUAUCGUAUAGGACAGACCAAACCAGUCUUCGUCUAUCGUCUGAUUUGCGGUGGUACUUUCGAGGAGAAGAUGCUGGAUCGAGUUGUCUUCAAGACGCAGCUUGCGCAAAGAGUUGUCGACAAGAAAAACCCUAUUUCCAAGGCGAGGGAAUUCGCCGAAUUCCUCGACAUGCCCACAGACCCGCCCGUUAAGGACGUAGAAAAGGUCCGUGGACUUGACAGAGUUCUCGAUGCUAUCCUUGAUUCUACGCGCCUGCGUGCUGGGAUCCGAUCUGUCACGACAAUGGACAUAUUCGAGGAGGAAGAAGUCGAAGUCACAGAAGUUUCUGCCGAGGACCAGGCAGAAGCUGACCAGCUUCUGAGGAUGCACUUAGUUCCGUCCUCGGCACAGGUAGUGGGUCCCGUGCAAGGACCGCAGCUAUCGCACAUUCAGACGACCUCGUUGUCAGAAGGUCGUGUGGACAUCACCCGGUCCAGUCCUCCAGCUACGGCAACGCCGAUAGAGGGCGGUUCUACAACGGUGACAGCCCCCAUACCUUCACCUCCGCUUCCAGCUUCUGCAGCUUCCGUAGCUUCGCAAUCGCCUGGUUCGUCGCACUUACAGGCGAAUGGUCAACAUGUUCCAGCAGGAUCUGCGGUGCCGCUCGCCCCAAUCGCAGGAGCUUCCACGAGCACACGUGAGCCUGGCUCGGCUGACUACUACCUAUCUCAGCAUCGAUCCUUCAGGGGAGAACUCAAACGUGCUUUCACUCAGGCUGGCCCACCGCCCGUGCGACCAGCCGAGGCCGAACAACGCGCGAACACAGCGAACAAGAUCGCAGAUCUAGUGGCUCAAAAGGAGUCGGAUGUCGAGGCACCAGAGCAAAUCAAGAUGCUCAGGAACGUCAUUCUGGAGGCGGCUUGCGAUGAGCGAUUCGUCCAGGCUAUUUGUGGUGGCAUUGUCAGCCCGGAGGCUCUAGUCACUAUGAACCCUGCGAGCAUUACACGACUGCGGGAGCAGUGGAGGCAGAUGGUUGCCUCGCAGUGGGAGACCCUCCUCGCUGAGCCGCAGGUUAACCGCGCCGAUCCUCAACAUUUCCCGGCUAGGCUGGACCGCAUGAGAUCCGUGCCUGACGGGUCAGCUUCCACACAGAAGCCGUAUCACCUGAGUGACCGAGCUGCUAUGGAGGCGGUGAUGGCACGCAGGACAAACGGCUCGUCUACGCCACAGACUAAUGGUCAGAGGUUCAAACCUUUGCCAGGCUGGGCAACAACCGCAAUUCAGGACGCUCCCAAGCGUCGAAGCAGUCUCGCACCUCCGCCAUCAUCGGCGCCUCCCCAAGGCGCGCCAGCAAACCCCAGCUCUUCAGUUCCUCCCCCACCAGCAUCACAACAGGCAAGGAAGGCGAAGAACCCUUUCCUCAGCGACUAAGGAGGAAUUUCUCAGUCAAGGAAGAAUCGGACUACCAUGUCCUUGGAACUUCGUUUCUUGCUGUGAUCCUCAAUAUGGCGCUCAUUUGCACGGAGGUGGUUAUUGCAUCAUGUCUGUUUUUUUUUGCAAAACCUUUUGGCUGGCGUUCGGCAAGGAAGGAUGCUUUGCAAUGAGAGAUACCCCUAAAGCAUGCGUGUUUUCUCUUCUUUUGUUUUUUUGCAGACGUCACUUUUGCAUCUUGCUCCUCUCGGCUUAUCCACACAAGCGCGUCAUUUUUCUGCUCCGCGCUCUUGGGCACGUGCCACGAUGGGAAAAAGUUGGCAGCCAUGGAGCACACGAACUCAAUUGAGGGGCGCAGCCAGGAGAGGGCAACGCCGACGCGUGCUACCCGCGAUAUUGAACACACACAUCCCACUACAUCUUGCCAUAGCCCACUGGAACCGAACGGGAAU